CCCAUCUCUUGUGCGACUGAAAUUUCGAGACGGCGGUCAGCAAGCGUUUCACUAGCGCUACCUAAUCGGGCAAUCCGAAGUCCCCCAUUCGACGGAAAAAUCACUGCUCUACUCUAGCGCGAGACCCCGCAGAUCCUCGAGACGGGGUGUGCACGUUAAUAUAGAUUAGCCUUUCUCUCUGACUCUGAUCGCCGAGUUUUCAAUUCGACUUCAGCUGGGCAAUAAUGGACGAUACCGAGAAAGCUCCCGAGGCCUGGAGACGGGAAGACGCGACCGUCGAGAAUGCGCAGCCUCUCAUUGACCCUGACAUACAGAGGAGGGUUGUGAAGAAGUUCGAUCGUCAUAUCAUUCCGCUGGUUAUGGCGUUGUAUCUUCUGGCGUUCCUUGACCGGUCCAACAUUGGAAAUGCUCGAAUCGCCGGGAUGAGUACGGACUUGGACCUGACAGGUGACCGAUACGACUGGCUAUUGACCAUCUUCUAUAUCCCGUAUAUCAUCUUCGAGUUCUUCGCCAUGAUGUGGAAAAUCGUGCCUCCACACAUGUGGUGCGCUUUCGUCGUUUUCUCAUGGGGCCUCGUCUCAACCCUCCAAGCCGGCAUACACACAUGGGGCGCCGAAAUGGCCCUCCGCUUCCUUAUGGGCGCCACCGAAGCCGCCUAUGGCCCCGGCAUUCCUUAUCUGCUUAGCUUCUUCUACCUCCGCCACGAAGUUGGCUUCCGCUGCGGCAUCUUUCUCUCCGCCGCGCCUCUCGCCAACACCUUCGCAGGUGCUCUAGCGUACGGCAUCACGUCCGGGCACUCGGCCAUCGCAAACUGGCGCGUCCUCUUCCUCGUCGAGGGCCUGCCCACCAUCGCCAUGGCCGCCGUCGCCUUCUUCUUCCUCCCCGACUCGCCCGAAAAGGCCCGCUUCCUGAGCGAAGAGGAGAAGCGCGUUGCCAAAGCGCGGGGGGUAUCGCAAGUCGGCGACACCCAGCGCAUCGGCGGCAUCGUCUGGAGAGACAUCGGCGCCGUCCUGAUCGACCCCAAGGCCUGGUUCACGGGGCUGAUGUACUUCAGCUGCAACGUCAGCUUCUCAUCGCUGCCCGUCUUCCUGCCCACGAUCCUGAAGGAGAUGGGCUUCUCGUCCGUCAACGCGCAGGGGCUGACCGCGCCGCCCUUCUUCGUGUCCUUCCUGCUGACCGUCGGCACGACGUACAUCGCGGACCGCACGCAGCAGCGCGGAUUCAUGCUCAUGGUGCUGACGGCGAUGGGCGGUGUCGGCUACGUGAUUCUGGCCACCGCGAAGAACGUGGGCGCGCGGUACUUCGGCGUGUUCCUGGCGGCCGGGGGCGUCUUUCCGGCGAUUGCGAAUAUCUUGCCGUGGGUGUUGAACAACCAAGGCUCCGAUACCCGCCGCGGCGCAGGCAUUGUGCUCCUCAAUCUUGUCGGCCAGUGCGGUCCCCUCCUGGGCACACGCCUGUACCCCUCGAACGAAGGCCCCUUCUACCACAAGGGUCAGGCCGUGUGCGCGGCAUUCAUGUUCUUCACUACUUUCCUCGUCAUCAGCCUGCGGACGCUGCUGGCGUGGGAGAACCGGAAGCUGGACCGGCAGUAUGGGACUUUGGAGGAGCAGAAGACUAGGACGGAGCUGGCGGUGAUGAGUGAGGAUGGCAAGGGAGGGGCGAAGGAGGGGGCGGGACUGGAGAAUUAUGGGCCAACUUUCAGGUAUGUUUUGUGAGUUGGGGGCAUUGAGAUAGGAGGGGGGUUCAGGGGAGAGUUUUCUGGUACCUGAGCGAGGUUCAUGAACAGCGAGUGGUAUGAUGAAUGCACAUCUUAGCGGUAUCGCUUUGGAUCCUAGCAGCACCAUAUACACACUGGUACUAUUACUCUCAGUUUGAAAUGUGCAUCUAAGAUCAUGCUUGCAGUGCAUCCCAUCUUGAAGAAGGGUUCUGUUUAGCAUCUUUCUUUUGGUU